AUAGUCUGGCGUAUAUGACUGUACUUGCACUUACGUUACCAUGUACUGUAUAGCGUAUACACAUUGUCCUUUGUAUAGAUGAGAUUGAGGACUAUUUUACCAUUUAACCAUUUGUUUAGUUGGUUCCUGAAAAAACUUCAACUUAACCGAGACUGAUGUGGGUGCUUUUACUUGUCUUUGUUGGCCUCCCUAACCAUGCCUAUACGAAACAACCCAAUAUUGUGGUAAUAGUUGCAGAUGACCUGGGUUACCAAGAUGUUGGAUUCAGAGGUUCUGACAUACUGACUCCAAACAUAGACAGAUUAGCUGAUGAGGGGGUGAUCCUGGAGAAUCACAUUGUUUCCUCCAUCUGUUCUCCUUCUCGAGCUUCACUCAUGACUGGAAGAUACGGUAUUCGGACAGGGUUCUGGAAGGGAAACAUUAAACCUAACGAGGAGUUCGGACUCGGAUUGGAUGAGACUUUGCUUCCUGAGAUGUUGAAAAGGAACGGAUAUAAAACUCAUGGCGUAGGAAAGUGGCACCUUGGCAUGCACACUUGGGAGCAUACUCCUCCAAAAAGGGGGUUUGAGACCUGGUUUGGCAUGUUCCUAGGAGAGCAGGGAUAUUUUAGUCAUAAAAAGAUCGGCAGAACAGAUCUCAGAGAAAAUUACUACGAUUUGGGAAACUUGGUUGACAAUGUGCGGAGCGAUCUGAAAGGAAAGUACAACACGUACCUGUUUACAGAUAAAUCAGUUGAACUUGUUCAAAACCACGAUCAAACCAAACCUUUCUUUCUCUAUCUAGCUUACACUGCUCCACAUAUCCCUCACGAAGUUCCCGAAGAAGAUGCUGAUAGAUUUGCUUCACACAUUCUUGGAAAGAGAAAAAACUAUGCUGCCAUGGUAUCUGUCAUGGAUGAAGGGGUUGGUAAAAUAGCGGAUGCUCUGACUAAUAAUGGGAUGAUGGAAAACACUAUCAUAGUGUUUACUUCAGAUAAUGGAGCAUACUAUAAGAGUGUUGGCAGUAACUAUCCUCUGCGAGGAGGUAAGAGUUCCUUUUUAGAGGGCGGUGUUAGGGGAGUUACUUUCGUUCACAGCCCUCUCCUUCAGAAAUCUGGAUACACAAAUACCAACCUUCACCAUGUGACUGAUUGGUAUGCCACAUUCCAGAAGCUGGCUGGAGACAAGCCAGAGGAAGGCAGUAAAGCACAGCUUCCUAUCGAUGGAGUGGAUAUCUGGAGCUCUGCGAGUAAUGAUGAGCCUUGUCGUGAUGAAAUACUCUAUGAAUUGAGGGAUCCCUCUAAAAGGUUGGACUCCCAAGGUAGCAGGGGUCUAAAAAAUGUCAGAAAGUAUCCAGUUCAGCUGAAAACAACGAAAAUGAAGUUUCGGAAAGGAGACUCCAGAGACGCCCAGGAAUUCUUCGUGAUACGAUGGAAGAACUGGAAGCUCCUCACUGGUUCUGGAUUGGAAUUCCAAGGCUGGAGUCCGGACCGUGGAUUGAAAGAGUACCGAAACUUUGUAAACUACAAUAAAGAGCCGCAUCCAAGGAGCCUGGUUUCUGGGACGUUUCUGUUCGAUCUGUCUACUGAUACAAGGGAGGAGCACAAUGUAGCAGAUUCACAUCCCGAUAUCGUGAACAUCUUGCUAGAGAAGAAACAGGGUUAUUUAGACAAGGUGAAGAUAGUUGAGGGGAGGAAUUAUUCAAAUGCGGGCAUGGUUGAUGGUGUCUGGAAGCCAUGGGUUGAACUUUAGGUUGUGGGAACUAGGGUCGCCGGGAUUGGAAGAGAAUUUCAUUUGAUAUUUUAUAGUUUGAGUCGAUGUUAAUUAUUUGAUACUUUUUUUUGCUGAUUUGUGAAUGAAUAAGUACGUUUUGCAUGAGAUUUAUUUGAGAUUAUUUAACUUUAAGAUUGUUGAUUGUAAUAUGUUCCGAAAUGAUAUUUA